AUGAUCGCGUGGCUCACGCUCCUCAUCGGACUUUCAGUGAAUCUGCUGUUUGGCGCGACUUCCGCAACACCUAUCCAGGGCUCGAGCAUGGAGUUGCAGAAUAACGGCACUGCACACAGCCUGCAAGCUAGGGACUACACCCAGUCCAUUCAGAUCAUGCUUGAUCGUGAAUCAUACAACGACUACUUCUGGAGAUUGUUCGUAGGUCCCUAUGGAAUACGCGCAAAUCCCUGCCCCACGGACCACAAGCCCUUUCGCAACGUCGCCAUAUCCGGUCUAUACAAAUACGGCCGCAAUGCUAUCGACCAUCCUCCGAACCCACCUGCUAUGGAACUUCCCUUCAAAUGGAACGGCAAACAGGACGAGUGCAAGUGGAAGACCAAGGGCGGCGGCGACCCCGGUCAACUCAUCUGUGGCGACUGGAUGAUUAUGGACUGCGAGCGGGAUGCGAGCUGGGAUGAUGGUGCUAUCAAUUGCCACAGAUUCUCAGUCCAUCGGGGCUGGGCUUGCAACUGGUAG